GCAGGUUGUGAAAUAUUUUCAAAUGAAGCGAUCGAGUGUUCGUAGUGAACUGAAUCGCUUUUCGUGUCAGUCCUCGUCUCUCCGGUCGGCGAAAGCGGAGUUCAGAUCCCGGAUUUUGUACGAGGACCCAGUGGAAGUGCAUUCGUACGUGGACCAACAAGACUAUUCCAUGAACACUGUCAACGUAACAACUCACUACGACCGAUCUUCAGUCAUCGGCUACUCUCAGCACCAAGACCAACACGUGUACCACCAAAGCUUCUCGGAUCAAGACUCGUACGGCGUUCCUUACUCACUUCCCGACCCUGGAAUGUUGGACGACGUCUUGAUGCCAUCUUCGGAAUUCCGCUACCCUAAUUUGAACGCCAUCACAGACUUUUGCGCCAGUUUCAACGACUGUUCCCCGGGUGUCGACCGGUAUCCUCCGUAUGUGACGGAUCCCGGCGUUGAACUCGGCGGAGAAUACAGUGGACAUGAUCAGCAAUUGGAUUAUCGCGACGUGGAGUCUCCUGUUCAGCAUUACUCUGGUUCUACAGUGUGCGAGUCGACCUUUGAUUAUAUUCCCUUGAGUGACUUGACCUUUCGAGACGAUGUGCAUCACGGAGUUGACGUGGAUGUGGGGUUUAUGCGGCGAGAUGAGAGCAGCGAGCAUUUGUAUCACGAUGAGGUGUCGUAUGGCGGAGAGCUGGAUUUGUCGACGAAUGUCCCGCUGCCGCCUGAACCCGUUCCGCACGAGGACCUCUCAGGUGCUUCAGCAGACGAGCACAUCCGAUUUGUGCACAGCAUUCCCAAGAAGCGAAAACUGCCAGAUGCCGUUCGUGAAGCCAUGAACAUGUUCAAUCCCGGAGUGGACGAUGCGCAAAAACUCACACCCGUGGAAUCCCAUCAACCUGCCGAACCUCCCUUGAGCGAGGAUCUCGCAUUACUCGACGACCUUCCGGACUUGGGGGAUUUCGAAAUGGCCCAACUCAUGUCAACGAUGCGGAAGAAGAAAGGGGUCGGGUUUGGGAAAAGCAGUUCGAAACCCGUGCCGCCGGUGGCUGUGAAGAAAGAGCCCUUGGAUUUGCCCAAGAAGCGUAUUCGAGCGUACGAGGAUCAAACUGAAAGCUCUUCGAUGAGCCUCACGCCUGUUUCCACCCCGUUGGAGUCGGACGUGCAGAAAGCGGAAGAUGUGCAGGAAACUUCGCUGCCGCACAAGAAGCGGAUUUCAAAGACCCUCAUCUCGGACAGCAUCGACGAAGACAGUGCGUCUCCUUCCGUGGAAGAUUCCGCCGGCAUGGGUCAUCUCGAUGUCAAGAACGAGUCCCCGAAGGGCUCGAAGAAGCAGAACUUCAAGUGCAAAAAGUGCAACGAGUCGUUUUACAGUCGCCAAAACCUGAGUGCCCAUCAGAAGACCCACGUGAACGUGUUCACGUGCCAGCUUUGCAAAUCGGACUUCGAGGCGCAGAACGAGUUUUACGAACAUCUCAAGUCGCAUUACGAAGGCAACGACAAAGACCCCGAAAAUUCCAUUCUUCCGGCAAAUAAGGUUGUUGAAUCGGACGAAAGUUCCGUUGCCCCUCCUGGAGAAUUCGCGUGCAGCAUUUGCGAAGCGAAAUUCGUCUUCAGACACCGGCUGGGGAAGCACAUGAAGAAGAUGCACAACACGAAGCUUCCGCGGGAAGCGCGGAAGAAGCCCAAGGAAGUGCCGUCGAAGAACAAUUGCCCGGAAUGCGGCAAGUUUUUCGCGAAAAAGAAUUCGCUGUACUACCACUUGCGAUCACAUAAUCCGAAUCGGAACACUGCCAAAAAAACUACAAAGCACCCGAACACUGAAAGCUUGUCCAUCAAAGACGCGACAUCUGUGAAAUCAGAAGUUUUUGACGAAAUUUCCGAUUUGCUCCCGGGAGGAAAUGAGGCUUGGAAGAAUCCUGGCGAACCGUUUCAAGAAACGAAUGAGCCGACAUGUAAAGUAUUUCUGGUUAAAGAAGACAAAAUGAGCUUUGGAAGUAUGAGAAAAGAGGCUCAACUCCUUGAAGACAGGAUUUCAAUGCAAGAAUGGAUUCAAAUGGAAGCAACGUAUCCACUGUUGAGGACAUGGUUCAAUUUGGAAGAACUACAACAAGAAGUUUCCAUCAAGACUGAAGAAAUCAAAGAACAUAUGUAUUCCACAAAAAACCUUGCUGAUGAGCAUGCUGAACAUGGGGAACAAGCAGGACUAAACAACCCACCAUCUUCUGUUUCUGAGAGUGAUCAAGAACUCAUAAAAGAAGAAAUGAUUUGGAGGAAGAAAAGAAUGAGUGCAACCAGAAGAAAGAAGUCUCAGUCAACUUCUGGACCAAGCAAUUCAAAAGAUGAUGCACCUGUGAAGAAGCUUGGGAAGUCCAUUCUGGCAACUUCUUAUCUGAAGGAGCAAUGUGCAAGUUUGCAAUUAGAUGAACUGAAUAAGCAAAAUUGUGUGACUGUUAAUGAUGUUCUCAAGGAAAAAAGUUGCCAUCCAUAUGAUGACAUUGAAGCUCCAGUGAGACUUGGGGAAUGGCCACCCAUCCACGUAGAGGUUGCAAUUUUUGAGGGGAUGGGUGUGCAGAAUCCUCACUGGGAGCCUCAGAAGAUUAAAACGUUGACUUUAACAAACAGUGAACUUCAUUGUCCGACGGGCCUCCAGUCCAUCAUUUUCAUCUUCCUAACUACCGCAUUUAACAAGUUACAACCUAAGGAGAACUAG